AUAAAAUAUUCUGCAGUGUAGUCAUCUUUAUACUUUAUGGACAUAUGAAAACAGCUAAUCCCGGGAAUACUUUCAAGCGUUUAUACGAUGUAGUCACGCAUCUUCAGUCGACUUGUUCCCAUGUGACACCGUAUGAAUUCAAACAAAUUCGUUCAAAUUAUCUUGAUCUGAUUGAUAUGAUCAUGGACACAAUUACUGAUGUUGGGAAUUACGGUCAUUAUUAUCAAUAUGAUAUUAUGGUAAUAUUAUGGAGAAUUAUGGGACAUUUUAGUAGAAGUCUGGCCAAUUAUUACGGGAAUUACUUGUACGCACAAGAGGAGAGUGAACGUCUACGAGGUUCAGUGGUUUACGCCCAUCCUAAAAAGCCAAUGCACACACUUCAGGUAAGCUAAAACUUCUUAUUUGGUUCACUUCGCUACACAUUGGCUUUUUAUCACCUCUAUGACAUAUAUACAUCUCUGUCUGUCUGUCUGGAUUCAACAUAGAACUUGGCACCGAAGUGCAGCAGUUCGAG